GGGAAUACAGGCACACACUGUGCUGCCAUCGUGCAAGAGCACACCGCGGCCUAUUUCCACUGUGGCUGUGGCACACAGUCGUCGCUCACGCGUUGCUGACAUUGCGUGUCCGCGUGAGGAGAAAAGAACGGAUUGGUGAUAAGACAAGCCUUGAGCCGCCAACUUAUUCACCAUGUUCCAUAUAAGAGGGCUCACAAGGCAUUCAGCUGCUUUGAAGCAGGGUCAGGAGAUAGCUCAAGCAGCAGCCCUUGUAUGUUUGCAAAACAGAGGCUAUGCAGAUCAUCAGAUCCCUGAGAAGCUCAAGGAUGUUCCAACAUCGGCCAAUCCAAGAUUCUUUGAUAUGGUAGAAUAUUUCUUCCAUCGUGCAUGCCAGACUGUCGAGGACAAGUUGGUUGAAGAUGUAGGUAAGAAAUCAAGGUUGAGCAUCGAGGAGCGCAAGAAGAAAGUGAAGGGUAUUCUUAUGCUGAUGGAGCCAUGUGAUCAUAUUCUUGAGACAACUUUUCCACUCAGACGCGAUUCUGGUGACUACGAGAUGAUCACUGGAUACAGGGCUCAGCAUUCUACUCAUCGGACACCAUGCAAAGGAGGCAUUCGAUUCUCGAUGGAUGUCUCGCGCGACGAGGUGAAGGCUCUGUCUGCUCUGAUGACCUUCAAGUGUGCUUGCGUCGACGUGCCUUUCGGUGGCGCCAAAGCCGGCAUCAAGAUCAACCCCAAGGAGUACUCCGACAACGAGCUGGAGAAGAUAACUCGCAGGUUCACCCUCGAGCUCGCCAAGAAAGGAUUCAUCGGACCGGGAGUAGACGUACCAGCCCCCGAUAUGGGUACAGGCGAACGCGAAAUGUCGUGGAUCGCCGACACUUACGCUAAGACGAUCGGUCAUCUGGACAUCAAUGCUCAUGCUUGUGUCACCGGUAAACCAAUCAAUCAAGGCGGUAUCCACGGUCGCAUUUCGGCUACCGGACGCGGUGUCUUUCACGGCCUUGAGAAUUUCAUCAACGAAGCCAACUACAUGAGCAUGAUCGGUACGACGCCGGGCUGGGGUGGCAAGACCUUCAUAAUCCAAGGUUUCGGUAAUGUAGGCUUGCAUACGAUGCGCUACCUGCAUCGCGCUGGUGCCACUUGCAUUGGUGUGAUCGAGCACGACGGUUCGAUCAUCAAUCCCGAUGGUAUCGAUCCUAAACAGUUGGAAGAGUAUCGUUUGGACAAUGGUAGCAUUGUCGGCUUCCCACACGCUAAACCCUACGAAGGCGAGAAUCUUAUGUACGAGCCUUGCGACAUCUUCAUUCCCGCUGCCAUUGAAAAAGUUAUCAACAAAGAUAAUGCUGGUAGAAUUCAAGCUAAAAUCAUUGCCGAGGCUGCCAAUGGACCUACAACUCCAGCUGCCGAUAAGAUUUUGAUUGAUAGAAAUAUUUUGGUUAUCCCCGAUUUAUACAUCAAUGCUGGUGGUGUGACUGUUUCGUUCUUUGAAUGGCUUAAGGAUCUUAACCAUGUGUCUUAUGGUCGCCUUACCUUUAAGUAUGAGAGGGAAUCUAACUACCAUCUUCUUGAAUCUGUACAAGAAUCUUUGGAACGUAGGUUCGGUCGCGUUGGUGGCCGUAUACCCGUCACUCCAUCCGAGUCCUUCCAGAAGCGUAUCUCUGGUGCUUCCGAAAAGGACAUUGUACACUCUGGUUUAGACUACACCAUGGAACGAUCUGCUAGGGCUAUCAUGAAGACAGCAAUGAAAUUCAAUUUAGGUCUGGAUUUGAGGACAGCCGCAUACGUCAACUCAAUCGAGAAAAUCUUCACAACUUACUCGGAAGCCGGACUCGCCUUCUAAGCUCGUUAAACUAGUCAUUAAGUGAAUAUCACACAGUUGAAAGCAUAAAAAUACACCAAUCUACACAGCCAUCGCGCGAGCAGUAUUCCUCGAAUCGAAAAAAUAUCAGCCGUAUGAAAAACAAAACAUAGUAUUCACAAUUCUCCGAGUGAGACGCAUUUAAUAUUCCAGCGCAGUUUGGAUGAUUCUUAAUUCCGUUGUACCUUAUACCUUGCCCACUGUGGUUUGUCCGGUGCUCGCGCACUAUCUUCUCUUUCUCUGCCAUAAAAUUGGCAUUCUCCAGAAUCAUGCGCGUCUUUUAUUUUUAUCGUAUCCAAUUUAAGACAUUGUUUAUUAUUUCUCAUUGUUAUCACGUGUUUCGAGUCUAUUUCUCGUGCACGUCCGUGCUCUGUUACGUUCUUAUUUUAUAAAUGAUCCGUUUUAAAGAAAACCAAACUGACUGCAGCUCAUGAAAGUAAACUAAACAUGAAUUUGUACGAAUUUGUACGCGUAUCUGCGUACUUAUAAGUGUUACACUCUCUCGCAUAUACUGGAGAUAUGACUAUUUGUUACACGCGAGCAGCCGCAGCUAUUAAUACGUUGAAUAAAUGAAUAUACGUUGCAACGUG